UAGCGUAGCGUAGCGUAGGAAUAGAGAGAGGCAGGGUAUGAUGUAGGUUGACCAGAACAAAUCCUGAGAAUGGUUGAAAGCGCUUGAAUCGAAUAGAAAGACUUCUCCCAGGCUGAGGCGGCUGCGGACUGUGACGACAACCACAACCGCCACCACGACUCCUCUGAUCUCCUUCGUCGAAGGAGCAGCAGACCAGAGCCAGAGGAAGAACAAGAGGAGGAGGGGAAGAAAAAUUAUCCUAAAUCCUAUAAUAAUAAUAAUAAUAAUAAUAAUAAUAUAAUUCCCUUCAAUCCCGAAUUCCAACUCUCUCUCCCCCCCCCCCCGCCCCAAAUCGAACCCUCCUUCCGAUCCUUCCUAAUCUGCGAUGACGCCAAUUUAUUGCAGAUUAGGGAUUUUGCUGGCGCUCUUCUCCCUGCUUCUGAAUUCGAUUCAUGCCCGCCAGUCCUCCAACGAGGCCUACGUUACUCUUCUAUACGGCGAUGAAUUCUUGCUGGGUGUUCGGGUUCUCGGCAAGUCGAUUCGGGACACCGGAUCCACCAAGGAUAUGGUCGUUCUUGUCUCCGAUGGUGUGUCGGAAUUUUCCAAGAAACUCCUCCAGGCUGAUGGUUGGAAUGUAGAGCCAAUUAGUUUAUUGGCAAAUCCAAAUCAAGUGCGACCCCAAAGGUUUUGGGGGGUCUACACAAAACUAAAAAUAUUCAACAUGACGAACUACAAGAAAGUGGUGUAUCUUGAUGCUGAUACGAUAGUUGUAAAGAGUAUCGAAGAUUUGUUUAAAUGUGGCAAAUUCUGUGCUAACUUAAAGCACUCAGAAAGGCUCAAUUCAGGAGUUAUGGUACUGGAACCAUCUCAAACAGUUUUUAAUGACAUGAUGACCAAAGUUAAAACAUUGCAUUCUUAUACUGGAGGAGACCAGGGGUUUCUAAAUUCCUACUAUGCAGGGUUUGCUAAUGCCCAUGUUUUUGAGCCAGACUUGCCUAAGGAAGUGUUAAAUUCUAGAGCAGUCCCUGAGAUGGAGAGGCUCUCGACUCUAUAUAAUGCUGAUGUGGGCCUGUACAUGCUUGCAAACAAGUGGAUGGUGGAUGAGGAUCAACUUCGAGUGAUACAUUAUACUCUUGGCCCCCUUAAGCCAUGGGAUUGGUGGACAUCUUGGCUUUUAAAACCUGUUGAUGUCUGGCAGAAUGUUAGGGUUCAGCUUGAAGAAUCUCUUCCUGGGACUGGUGGGGGCAGAAGUCCCAAUCAUGAACUUCUAGUGAAAUUCCUUUUCCUAUUCCCAGUUUUUACUUUACUUUUCUGUUACUACCGGUCUUUUCUACAGACACGUUCUUUGGGGGAUCACAUUAGGCAUCUUUACUACAAGUUCAGAUCUAGGGGUGCUCUAGUUUAUUCUGCUGUUUCUUCUACUACCACAGAUUCUAGUCCACAGUUCUCAAAUGAAGUGCAGUCCAAAGUGCCUGUUUUUCUGGGUGGACUUUCUGUUUUUGUCUGUUUUGUGGCUGCUGUGGUGUCCCUAGCUCUUGCAAUACUGAUUGUCCCAAGGCAAGUAAUGCCAUGGACUGGUUUGCUUCUGAUGUAUGAGUGGACGUUCACACUCUUCUUCCUGUUGUUUGGAAGUUAUCUACACUCAGUAUACCGGUGGGGAAAGAUGAAGGCAAAUCAAGUUGGAUCUGCUUCUUCUCGUCCUGGAUCUCUUGAUUACGACUCUGGAAAAGGCCAUCAGCGGCAAUUAUCUUCUUGUGAUGUUGCUACAUGCUAUUACGGGUUAGGAAUGGCAUUCCUGGCUGUUGCUGCCCCUUCAUUGCCUUGUUUGCUGGGGAUCACUGCUCUCUUCUUCAGGUUAGGAUUGAUGUUUGCUGGCGGCCUAGUUUUGGCAUCUUUCAUGACAUACGCUUCAGAACAUCUUGGAAUUAGGUCAUUUUUGAGAGGCUUAGAAGAAAAAGACGUACCACGGACAAAAAGCUUAUGUUUCUUAUGCUAACGAGAGUCAAAUUUAUAGGUGGAAGCCAGCCGAUAACCCAAGUUUUCCUCUCUGAAAAUCUCUCAUUUGCUUCACUUAUAGCUGCUGCUGCUGCUCUCCAAGGGCGUGAUUUGAGAUGAAAUUUAUUCUAUUGCUAGGCAUUUUGCAAGUCUAGAAACGCUAUUCUUUAUCUUGUGUUGUAAUUUGUCAGAGCAUCGGGUUGAUCAACUUUCUGUAUAAUGUUGUUGUAGUGUACAAAAUUGCAUCUUUUUUUUUGGAUUGAACUAAUAACACUAUGGCACUCUCAUAUUUGGGCAGA